AUGAGCGAAACCACUCGACUAAAAAACACCAUCUACGUGGGCGGCCUGGAUCAAGCCGUGACAACGCAAACCCUCACAGAAGCUUUCUUGCCUUUUGGCGCGAUUGUCGAUGUGUCAUUACCAAAGCCGGACUUGCCAUCGUCAACAGACAACCACCGAGGAUUUGGAUACGUUGAAUUUGAAGUCUCGCAGGACGCAAAGGAAGCUAUCGACAAUAUGGACCAGAGCGAAUUGUACGGUCGUAUAAUAAAAGUUGCUGCGGCAAAACCUCAAAGGGAUGCGAACGAAGGUCUGGGGAGCAAGACAGCUAUUUGGGAGCAGGAGGGCUACCUUGCAAAAUACGCUGUAAGCGAAGAAGACCGUCAAGCUGCCGAAGCACGACUAGCAGCAAAUGGCCGCCCUGAAGACCCAAUGCAAGGCCUGGAAGGGCUUGACGUCGCAGGACCCAAACCGGAGUAA